AUGGAAAGACCACUCUGGUUUCGUUGGUUAAAAGUUUACGCCCUUGGUGGUGUCAUCAUAGGUUCAGGGGUACUUUUAUUUAAAUAUACCACCCCUUCUGAUGAACAAUUGAUCAAAUCAUUAUCCCCUGAACUAAGACUGCAGUAUGAAAAAGAGAGGAAUUUACGUCAAGCUGAACAAGAAGAACUUAUGAAGAUUGUAAGGAAUACUGCGGAAAGCAAGGAUCCUAUUUGGAAAACGGGACCUAUACAGUCACCAUGGGAGAGAAAUCCAGCUGGUACAAGCGAAAAUGGCAAUGGUAUUCAGAAUAUUGAUGACCAUUUCCAGAGACUAAAUGCAGAGAAGGCUCAGAGAGAGGAGUUAGACAGGAUUAGGCAAAAAAUGGAUACCUUAAAGCAAGAUAGUCAAAGGAAGACGGAAAGUAUCAUAAAUGGCAGGACUAAAAGUUGGUGGAAGUUCUGGUGA